AUGAGCGCAGCUCUUGAGCGCGCUGGUGCCACUGUCGCAGCAGCAGCAGCAGCCAAGACUGCAGCAUCAGUCACUGCCCCUAAAGUGCUUCAGGGCCUGCCUUUUCCCUCUAGCAGCAGCAGCAGCAGCAGCAGCAGCGGCAGCAGCAGCAGUCAUGCCUUCGGCUGCAGCGCGCCACUCCGCUGCUCCCCGAGCCUCACGGCGAUCAUGAAAAGCAAGUCGCUUCCAGGAGCAGCAGCAGCAGCAACAGCAGCAGCAGUAGCAGCAGCAACAGCAGCAGCUGCAGCAAUAGCUCCGGGUCCAUUCGAGGCCGGCCGAGGUCAGCAGUUCACUGCACCAGCUGCUGCUGCUGCUGCUGCUGCUGCUUCUGUGGCCCACAGCUACAAGACUGGACUUUCAGAGGCGGCCAGAGCACAGCAGCAGCACGGAUCCACCGCAGCAGCAGCAGAAACGGCAGCAGAAGCUGCAGCAGCAGCAGGAACAGCAGCAGCAGCAGAUCUCGCCGCUGCAGGAACUCCACUAGAGGGGCAGCUAAUGCUGCAGCCUAGUGUCUUUUUGGGGGAGGGCUACACUGGAAGGCAGCAGCAGCUGCUGCAGCGGCAGCUGCAGCAGCAGAUGCGGGAGGGACAGCAGCUGCUGCACCUGGUGCCGCAGCCGCCGCCCCGUUGCAGCAGCAGCAGCAGCAGCAAUGUGUUUUUCGUCGGCAGCAACGGGGCCACGUGUGACGAAGCAGCAGCAGCAGCAGCAGCAGCAAUUGCAGCGCCAACAGCCGCUUCAACAGCAGCAGCAGAUGUUGGGGUGCAGCAGGGAGGGGCCUUCCUUGCUGCUGCUGCUGCGGAGCAGCAGCGCGCUCCCCCCAUUGACAUGUGUAGCGCUGCAGCAGCAGCAGCAGCAGCAACAGCAGCAGCAGCAGCAGUGCCAACGUCAGCAGCACCAGUGGGUCUUCAGCAUCUCUUUGCCUACAUGUCUACGCAGCAGCAAAAGACACAGCAACAGGAAGUGUUCGCCAGUUUGCUGCAGCAGCAUCUGCAGCAGCAGCAACAGCAGCAGCAGCUCGCUGCUGUUGUUGGCUGUCCAGCCGCAGCAUCAGCAGUUGACUUAGGCCGGCAGCAGCAGCAAAUUGCUGCUCUCACACCCGCUGCAGCUGUUGCAGGCGGCAGCAGCAGCUUUCUGCAGACGAUGCAGCAGGCACAGCAGCAGCAGCAGCAGCAGCAGCAGCAGCAGGAACAGCAGCAGAAGCAGCUGCGGCAGCAGCUGCGGCAGCAGCAACCCGCCGCGCAGCUACCGUCUUUCCUUUCCACGUUGCUGAUGACUGGUGGCUCUCAUCUGAAGCAACCAGCAGCAGCAGCAGCAGCAGCAAAUGAAUGCAACGGCAGCAGCAGCAGCAGCAGCAGCAGCAACGGUGCUGCCUAUAUGGGCCCUGCUGUGUGGCCUGCUGCUCUGGGUCAGCAGCAAGCUGCUGCAGUGCAUAAGCUGCAGCAGAUGCUGCAGUCUCAUGAGGGCGGCGAAAAUUCCUGCUGCAGCAGCAGCAGCAGCCGCAGCUGCUGCAGCAGCAACUGCAGCAACUGCAGCACAAGGUGUGGGGCCGAGUCUGUGCCAUCGCCUCACGGGCAGCUGCUGGGGCCCUUUCUGGAUCCGGAAAGAGCAGCAGCAGAUCCUGCAGCAGCAGCACCAGCAGCUGCAGCAGCAGCAGCAGCAGCAGCACCGCGGCAGCAGCAGGCAGUAGCCACGCCAGCUGCUGCAGAAGGCGCUGUUGCUGCUGCUGCUGCUGCCGCACAGGACGGCACAGUGCAGCGACGCAGAGGCCGAACGUCUCUGUCAGCAGCAGCAGGAGCUGCAGCAGCAGGAACAGCAGCAGCAGCUGGCACUGCAGCAGCAGCAAAUGGAGCAGCAGCACAGGGGAAGCGGCACCGAUGCCGUGUUGCUUCUGCUGCUGCGGCUGCAGGGCAGACACAGCAAGAGCUGCCAGAGCAGGGCACAGAAAACGGCGCAGCAGCAGCAGCAGCAGCAGCAGCAGCAGCAGUUGAUGGGGCGUGUCUUGACGGCUAUCAGCAGCAGCUGGAGUUGGCGAAGCAGCAGCAGGAGCAGCAGCAGCAGCCGGGGCAGCAGCAGCAGCACUCCGCGCCGGUUGCGCAGCAGCGGGUCCAGGAGCGUUUGGAUGCAGCUCCGGCGCCGCAGGCCGCAGACCAGAGCGAGCAGCAGCAGCAGCAGCCGCAGCAGCAGCAGCAGCCGCAGCAGCAGCCGCAGCAGCAGCAGCAGCAGCAGCAGGAGGAAGGCGCUGGCUGCUCGUCGUCCGCGGCGGCGUCAAGCUGCUGCUUGCCGCCGUGUGCCCCCCCUCUCCCGCCCCCUCCCCC